AUGUCUUCUCUACGUACACAAUCAAGUGGUGGCGCAGUAGUGGGCUUCGGUAGUGUUGGAUCAGAUCGUACUGGUGCAACAUCAACAGCAGGUGGUUCGCAUUCGCAUUCACACUCACACAGGAAACAUCAUCACCAUCAUCGAAGUAGAAGUGCACCGCGAACUCCAGAGAAACCGCCACGUAAGCGUCAUCUCAACACUGGUGCAAGUCUUGCCUCGAUACCCAGUCAGAUAAAGUUGUCGAUGCUCAACAGCGGUCUUAUUUCAUUCGCGGCUGAAGAACUUGGCGAUAUGGGAACUACUUUGCCGUCAGCACCAACAUCUCUUGCGCAGUAUCCAAAACUCUGUGAACUACGCCGAAAGUUUCCCGUAUUAUAUCGCGUUGAAUUUCAGAGUGCAGCUAAAGUCGAAACUCAUUUGUGCAGGCAUGCGAUGAAACCAGCUAAUAGGGAGAAAAACCAAAACCAACGCUGUAUUCCAUAUGAUUACAAUAGAGUUGUUCUGGAAACGAUAGAGGGACAACCAGACUCCGAUUAUGUCAAUGCGUCUUACGUUGACAGUUUACUGAAACCAAAUGCCUACAUUGUGACUCAGGGACCCAUAGAAACUACCGUAACUGAAUUUUGGCGAAUGGUUUGGCAAGAAAGAGCUUCAUGCAUCGUUAUGUUAACUAAAACAUUUGAUUUUAUAAAGGUCAUGUGUGUACAAUAUUGGCCAGCAAAUAAAGAGAAAAAUGAAGAAUAUGGAGGAAUAUGCGUAUCAGUAUUGAAAGAAGAAGAGUUGGCAAAUUUUCAUAUAAGAACGAUAAGAUUGUACAAAAAAAAUGAAAAAGAUGAAGUAACAGAAGAGAGGACAUUGUUGCAAUUCCACUAUACAGAAUGGCAUUCACACACGUGCCCUUUUAGUAAUGCGGUACUGGAAUUUCGCCGGCGUGUGAGGGCAGUCGUUGGGUCAACUAUCAAAAACGAGUCUGGUCCCAUGGUGGUACACUGCAACGACGGGGGUGGACGUUCCGGAGUAUAUUUAGCAAUUGACGCGAAUAUGGAACUCGCUGAAGAAGAGGACACUUUUGACGUCUUUGGAUAUCUUAAGAAACUUCGUCAGAGUAGAAGGGGACUCAUAGAAAGUUUGGACCAAUAUAAAUUUGUCUACGACACCCUCGAGGAGUUUGUUAUAUGCGGAGCCUCAUGGUUUCCAGUCUCUGAGCUUUCCCAGCGGCUGAAGCAGAAGAGUGUCAAGAAUCCAAUAACGAAGAUGAAUGAGUAUCAACGAGAGUAUCAACAGAUCUGCAAGCAAACACCACGAUUUACGAUUGGUGAUUGCGCUGGCGGACAUCGUGCAGACAACAGAGAAAAAAAUCGCGAUGUUUUGGUUGUUCCACCUGAUAAUUUUCGUCCCUAUUUAACGAGCUUUCAAGGCAAUAGUUUUACCGACUAUAUAAAUGCUGUUUUCGUGGACGGUUACACAAAACCACGUGAAUACAUAGUUACUGAAUGGCCAUUAAAACAUACAUGCGGUGAAUUUUGGUCCUUAGUAUACGACUACGAGUGUUCAGCAGUAGUAAUCCUAUGCGUACCGCCCACAACCUCAACAAACUUUCCGAGCUUUUGGCCUGAAGGCAAACACUCGAAGAAAUACGGGCCUGUCUUUACAAUAGAUCAUAUUAGCCAUAAUCACUACACCAACAUUAAAACUUGGAUAUUUAGGAUAAACAAGAAGAUUGUGUCACUUACGGAAUUGAUGGCCGGAGUUAAAGCUCCACCUAAAACAGUCCAGCUAUUUCAGCUAACGUGUUGGCCAAUGGGUCAAGCAGUUCCAACGUCAACCAACAGUCUCGUUGAACUGAUGAAUAUGGUCGAACGCUGGCGACAAAAGGGAGAUUAUGGUCCAGUGGCUGUGGUUUCGCCUGACGGUAGAAGCCGUUGCGGUGUUUAUUGCGCUGCUAAUGCCUGCAUUGAGCAAGUUAUUCAGCACGGUGAAGUUGAUAUCUUUCAAGCUGUCAAGACUGUGCGACGUCAUCGUCCUCAGCUUGUUGAAAACAUGACGGAGUACAAAUAUUGUUACGACCUGGUACUUCACUACGUGCUGCACUACCUGAAUAAAGAUAUGAAUGAAAAAAAGUGAGAAAGCGAGUUGAGGGACGAGCUGUGGUUUAUUGAGUUCGGGCGUGGAGCAGCCUUACCGUUAACGCCCGAAGAGGCGCCAACAGACGGGGAGCC